AUUUAUUAAGCACAGAGCAUGUGGUUUCAUAACAGCUCAUUAUAAUAUAGAAUUAAAUUUGUAAUGCUUGUAUUUUAAAACUUAAUUUUUUUUAUACAAGUACAAUUAUUUCAGUGUAGUCUAUUGGGUUGUAAAGUUAAAUAUUAUUUUUCUAAAAUGAAAACCGAAACUGAAUUAAACGAUUUAGAAAAUAUUACUGACGACAAAACAGAAUGUACCGAAAAAGUGGAAAGUAAUCCUUUUGCUUAUUUAGAUAGAAAUGAUUUUACAUCUGAAAAGUUUAAAUUGGAAGUGCGAAAUCUUCCAAAAUAUUACGGACUUGUUGAAUUUAAGAAAUUAAUCAAUCAACAGUUAAAAUUAAAUAGUGCCAAAGUGAAGACUCCAACGCGCAAUGGAAAAUGGUUGUAUGUAUGUUUUCACUCUGAAGAGGAAAGAUCUGCUGCUUUAGACAUUUUAAAUGGAUACAAAUGGAAGAAUGCAGUCCUACAAGCUAGUGUGGCCCAAGCUGUUCCCGAUCCUUUAGUUAAAAAACGUAAUGAACAAUUUGGAGAUGAUGGACCAGACCCAAAAAAGCCAAAGUUAAGUAAUGAUGAAGCGGAACAACAAAUGAUAAAUAAUGUCACUCCAUUACAUAAUUUAUCCUAUGACGAGCAAUUAAUACAGAAAACAAACAGUAUAAGAAAUAUUCUUUUGGAAUAUACUAAACGAUUACCUAAAACCAAUAAAGACUUAUUGAGUUGGUUAAAGGAGAAGAAAGAAAUUAACAACGGUCUUCCGUGUGAAAUGUUAGAAAUACAAAGCCUUAAAGAAGAUGCUGAUAAAUGUACUGGAUAUAGAAAUAAAUGUGAAUUCACAAUUGGAAUGGAUAUGGAAAAUAAAGAGCCGGUAGUUGGUUUUCGUAUUGGUACAUAUGUUCAAGGGAAAACGUGUGUAGCACCUAUAGAAAACGUUUCAAAUGUCCCUCAGCGUAUGAAGACCGCGGUUAAAUAUUUCCAAAAUUUUGUACGCGAUUCUGGAAUUCCGGUAUUUAAUCCAGAAACGUAUGCCGGUCAUUGGCGUCAAUUAACAGUACGUUUAAGUUUAAAAACUGAACAAUUGAUGUUGAUAUGUGUAGUUCAUACGGAAACUAUGGAAGAGACGGCUAUCGAGUCUUUGAAAAAAUCAAUUGUAGAUUAUUACACUCAUGGGGAAGGAAAAGAAUGUAAAGUAGAUUCUUUAUUUUUUCAAAAAGCUAAGAAAAGAAUUGCUGGCGAAGGGAACUCGUUUCCGCUAGAACUAUUACACGGCCAAGGAUAUAUUGUCGAAGAAAUGAAAGGCCUUAAAUUCAGAAUUUCGCCUGAAUCGUUUUUUCAAGUCAAUACUGCUGCUGCUGAAAUAUUAUUGAACUCUGCAAAAGAAUUGGCGUCAAUUAGUUCACAAACUACUGUUUUGGAUGUGUGUUGUGGAACUGGCACAAUUGGUUUAUCUCUUGCAAAGGAUUGUGCUAAUGUUGUUGGUGUAGAAAUCCAGGAAGAAGCUGUUAAUAUGGCAAAGUUCAAUGCCACAGAAAAUGGAAUUACAAACGCUCAGUUCUUUUGUGGAAAAGCUGAGGAAAUAAUGAAUAGACACGAAUUUCAAAAUCCAGAAAAUGCCGAUGAUGUAGUAGCUGUUGUUGAUCCGCCCAGAGCGGGAUUACAUAAUAAAGCCGUGUUAUUGUUAAGAAGAAUGAAGCAUUUGAAACGAUUUGUGUACUUGUCUUGCAAUCCAAAGGCUGCACUGCAAAAUUUUUUGACGUUAGCUAUGGCUGAGUCUAAAACUAAACAAGGAGCACCAUUUGUACCUGUAAAAGCUAUCCCAGUCGAUAUGUUUCCUCAAACACCACAUUGUGAAUUAAUAGUAUAUUUUGAAAGGUAUAAUAGUAAUAUUGACAAUAAAGUAUAAUGCAUUUUAUUAUAAUUCAAACAAAAUUUUGUAAAUUUACUUCCAAAUUUUAUAUUACUUAAUUUUGGCCGAACUUACAUUUAUUUGUUGAAUAUAAUGCUAUCCAAUAAAGACUAUUAUAAUUCAAAUGAUUUUUGUUUACAUGUUUCACAAUUAAACGUAACAUUUUCAUUAA